UGGAUCAGCAUGACAAUAAUCGAUUUUUAUUUCGUAAAGAUACAGAUAUAAUAAGGCACGUUUGUAUGCAUCGUCUACUAUAACAACAACAGGUGGUACAAAGCUAAACAAAAACAAAUGUAUCUCAUUUUUUAUUUUCAAUCAUUGACGACCAACGUUCCACGUCGGCAGUCGAUCGCGAGAAGGCUCUGCACUGGCAAGUCUUGGCUGGUGAAACGCGCACCUUGUGAGCAUAUUUUAUACCGUAAAGUACCGGUGUUUUUCUAGCCGUCACGAGAUGGGGUGGUCCGCGAGACGCUGGUGGCGUAUGACCACCGCAGCGUGUCUGGUUGUAGUCAUCGGGCUGAUGUCUAUCGAAGUCGGCAUGCUGGUCAAGCAACGAUCUACCAAGAACCCGGUGCGUCCGGUAACUACCACGAGGAUAAACGAAUGGACCAGGCAGAAGCUGCAACAUGUUGAACCAAAGCAGGGAACGGACACCAUGUCUGCUCCCAAUCCUUGCCAACCCAACCACCGCUUCGUGUUCAUAAAGAUCCACAAAACCGGUAGCUCCACCAUCGCCACGAUGCUGCAGCGCUACGGCUACCGGCGCGAUCUAACCUUCGCGCUGCCCAGCGGAGCAGUCCACUCUUUCCCCAUGAGCAACCAGCGGUACCGUUUUGACACCCCGCGGCUAGUCUUCCAGUGGAACCUGACGGACAGGAGCGGUGCCCUGGUCUGGCCGGCGCUGGGCGGGUACCAAGUCUUGGUGAAUCACGCUCUGUACAACCGUACCGUGGAUGAAAUUCUUAUCCCAAACGCCGUAUAUUUCACCAUGAUUAGGGAACCCCUCGCCCGAACCGAAUCCUUCUUCAGGUACUUCCUUUUCGACCAGGCGGUACCCCACAAGGCCAACGAAGACCCUCUUGAAGUCUUCAUGAGGGACCCGCAAAGACACACCCAGAAAAUGAGGGAAAACAAUUGGACCAAGUAUUUCAGGAACGGCCAGUUUUUCUCCCUGGGGUUGAAGCGGGAAGAUUACGAUAAUCUCCGGGUGGUAGAAGCUGCCAUCAACUCGCUGAGUCGCGGCAUGGACCUGGUGAUGCUGAACGAGUACUUCGACGAGUCAUUGUUACUCCUGAAAAAGCUCAUGUGUUGGGAUUUCCAAGACAUCGUGUACAUCUCCAAAGGGGUUCGGAGACCCAGCGGAAACCACAAAAGCAUCCCGGCGGGGCUGAGAGACAAAAUUCUCCGUUGGAACGCGGCUGACCUGAGGCUCUACCAACACUUCAACCGGACUUUCUGGACCAAAGUCCAAAAGUACGGUCCGGAAUUUUUGCACGAUUUGGACACGUUCCGAGCGAUGAAGGAAUCCGCAACGCAAGCUUGCAUGGCAACGGGGAGCCGCCAUUGGGAUUGGCACAACUCCAGCUACUGGAAAUUGCCGCCAAAUGCCAGCGAGAGAUGCCGAGAUUACACGAGAGAUGACAACGCUUGGGUCAAUCUUAUAAGAUCGCGCAUGCGCGCAAAAAGCAGCGCUUUCAUCAAAUACAGCAAUGGAUAAUAAACAGAAC